CGUAUACAACACAUGUCAGAAAAUUGUUUUAAUUAAAUUUAUUAAGAUACAUUAAAAUAUUUCAAUAUAAGCUAGUAAUUUACAAAAUUGGGUUUCUUCGAAUAUGAGUUCGAUUAUAUGUAUUGCGCGCACGAAAUCUAGUUUGCAUAUCAGUUGAUAAAAGGAGGUGGAACGUAUGUAACAGUACAAGACGGCAAUCGAGCGCGACAAGUGGCAGAAGUGUACAGAAAUUUCGUACUGUUGAUUAAUGAUAUCCUUCCGUUGUAAUCGUAUACUCAAAUUAUUCGACUAAGAAAAUAUAAUCAUAGUGUUCUGCUGGUGUAUACAACGAUAAAAAUUCAUCUAUAAAAUGCUAAGUAAAAUUGUUAACAUGAUGUACUAUCGAUUCACAGCGUGAUUGGUUAAGCUAGUGUUCAAUGCAAGUAUGGCCGCCCUGCCAUCACCCACGCAGGUGGCUGGAAGCCAUACUGCUAUAUACGAAGCCUAUUACAAUCAGGUUGAUCCGAAAGGAUAUGGACGAAUUGGUGCAAUGGAAGCUGCGAGAUUUCUUAAGAAAUCUCAGCUGAGCGAUGAUGUAUUAAGUCAAAUAUGGGAUAUGGCAGAUCCACAAUCACGUGGUUCAUUAGAUAAAUCUGGUCUUUUUGUUGCUCUGAAAUUAUGUGCCCUGGCACAAACAGGAAGAGAUGUUAAUAUGUCAAAUUUAAAUAUGGAAUUACCUCCUCCAAAAAUGGGUGAUAUUCCUGUAAUUUCUCAAAAAAAAGUAGUUAAUAGUUUGCCAGUAAUAACACCUAUUAGUAACGAAGAUUGGUCUAUUAAACCAGCGGAGAGAGCAAAAUACGAUCUACUCUUUGAUAGUUUAAGACCUACAAAUGGAUAUAUACCUGGAAAUAAUGUUAAAGGUGUUCUUCUUGAUAGUAAACUUCCCUUAGAUACCCUUGGAAAGAUUUGGGACCUUGCAGAUAUGGAUAAAGAUGGUAUGCUGGAUAGACAUGAGUUUGUUGUUGCUAUGCAUUUGGUAUAUAAAGCUUUAGAAAAAUAUGCAAUACCAAGUGUACUUCCACCAGAAUUAAUGCCACCUAGUAAAAGAAAAGAUAUUACUAUGCCUGUAUCGAAAUCUCCUGUACCAGGUAUGACAACAGGCCCACCACCUAUUCCACCUUUACCAACUGUAUCUGCUAUGGCUGGUUUAGAUAUGGGAAAGACAAACGUACAAUGGGUAGUUUCUGUCGAAGAACAAAUAGCAGCAGAAAAAUUGUUUUUACAAGCUGAUUUAGAUAUGGAUGGAUAUGUCUCGGGUUUAGAAAUUAAAGAUGUCUUCCUUCAAAGUGGACUUCCACAGGCUGAUUUGGCUAAUAUAUGGAGUCUUUGUGACAUAUGUCAAAAUGGAAAGCUGAAUAAAGAACAAUUUGCUUUAGCCAUAUGGCUCAUCAAACAACAACUGAAAGGUAUUGAUCCACCGACAACUUUAACUCCUGACAUGAUACCACCUUCAAUGCGUAAAUCCUCAGAUACCAUUAUGGAAAACAACAAUAUAUCUGGUUACUCAAAUCCAGAAUUAGACAUGAUAAGUAAAGACAUAGCAGAACUUGUGAGGGAAAGACAAUGUAUGGAACAAGAUAUUGCCCAAAAAGAAGCUGACAUCAAGAUUAAAAACGGUGAAAUUAAGAAUCUUCAGAGUGAAUUAGAUACACUUGCUGCAACAUUAAAGCAAUUAGAAAAUCAGAAGGGUGAAGCACAAAAGAGAUUGAAUGACUUGAAGGCUCAGAAGACAGAAGUAGAUAAAGAUUUGAGUGAAGUCGAGCAGAAGAUUCGUGAGGAACAAAAAAAGGUUGACAAACUACGACAACAAGCAGAAGAGCAGGAAUCAGUUUUGCGUGCUCAAGAGGAUGAACUUAACUCUAAACGGCAAGAAUUGGAAGGGUUGCGCCAAGAGGAACAACAGUUGGAACAACAACAAAAUAAAAGCAGGGACCAAUUAAAUGAAUUGACAAAAAAUUUGCAAGAAACUCAAUUACAAAUUUGUCAAGCAAAGGCAAAAAUCACUCAUUUGCAAGAACAGCAACGUCAAAUGAGCGAUGCGAUAGCACUUUACGAUUCUGCACUUGCGGCAGGAGAUGCCACUCUUGUACCUGAUACUAGUCUGCAAUUUAAUCCUGAAAUUGAAGAUCUAGAGUAUGAAACAACCACAAGUAAUGCAGAUGAAACGAAAGAAAAAAGAGUAGAUUCUUUCUCUAACGUGAACGGAACAGCAACAUUAGGUGGAUUUGACCAGGAUCCUUUCACAUCAAGUAAAGCUCAAGAAGCAUUUAAUGCAUCAACACCAGAUCCCUUUGGAAAUGCAUUUCCAUCGCAACCUACAUCUGGUGGUUUCACAUCUGACCCAUUUAGUGCAUUUGAUAAUAAUAAUGCAAAACAAGAUCCUUUUGAUCCAUUUGGAAAUGGAAAAAGAACUGAUGCCAAACCUACAGCUGCAAUGGCAGCAACGAAAGAUCCUUUUGGAGAUGAUCCAUUUGCAAAUCUUCAUGCUCCACCUCGCCCCGAAAGUCCUAGUCCUGCUCUUCCACCUAAAAAAGCAAAACAGCCACCACCACGCCCAGCACCGCCACGACCUGCUCAAGGACCUACUGGUCCCUUAAGAGCAGCACCAGCACCACCAACUCCUUCUCCUACCCCAGAUCCGUUUGCAAAUGCUAAUUCCGAUCCCUUCUCUUCUCAACAAGGUAUUAUGGAUAAUAAUAACAGUGGGUUCACUACAUCUACCGGAUUUGCUGACUUUGCUAAUUUUGAUUCUAAGCCGGAACCAACACUGAAUCGAAUGGCACCACCCAGACCAACGAGCAGAGCACACCCGAUGGUAACUCCAAAGCUGCCGGACUUCACAGAGGACCCCUUCAGAGAUUACCGAUACGAAGAUCCAUUUAACAUAGUAGAUCCCUUCGCCGACGAUGCCGAGGACUUCAAUGCGAACAAGAGUAACGAAACAGGCAAGAUGGAUCCAUUCAGUUGUGGAACGUCUUCUGUACUUCCUCAUAAAAAUUCUUUCACAAAAGGUUUUGACACUGAUUUCUCGAACACUUUCCCGCUUAGUAAGAGUAAAAUCGAAAAGGACAAUGCUAAAUUCGAUGCCGAUUUCGUGAAAGCUUUCUCCGAUGAUAAUAGAAAUAUUAAGACUAUUGAAACAGAUGCUUUUUUUAACACCAAGACAAAGACGAUCGACAUAGAUGAAGCAUUUUCGACAAAAAACGAUAAAUCCAGGAAACAAGGACAAGAUUCAGCACAUAACAGGUCAAAAACUAGUUUAAAUGAUAAAAAAAUAAAAGCGUACCUUGAGAAAGUUUGGAACGGCAAUAAUAGACCGCUAGCGUUGACUGAGGAAGAACAGGUUAUUUUUGCAGCCCAGCAAAGCCUGAAGACCGAGGAAGAAAGACGAAAGCGCAAGCAACAGGAAGAGGAAGAAUUAGCAUUAGCACUUGAACUGAGCAAACAAGAAAAGUCUGGAAAACUGUAAAAGCUUGAUCUUGCGUCACGUGGAAUCCCUGAAAUCAAACACAAAGGAUCGCGUCUAUCUCUACUUUCAACAAUUAUAUCUGGUAAUUUCCUAACAACGUAUUACACAUGGUGUAUAUAUUACUAUCUGUAUUAUUUUAUCUUGAUUAUUAUAAUUCUGUUACUGUUAUAUCGCUAUUAAGUUAUCAAUAUUAUAUUAUAUUAUAUUAUAUUAUGUUAUAUUAUAUUAUAUUAUAUUAUAUUAUAUUAUAUUAUAUUAUAUUAAUAUUAAUAUUAUAUUAAUAUUAUUAGUAUUGUAGUUUCUAUGUAAGCACGCGCGCUGUCAAUAUCAUUUACCAGUGAAUAAGAAAUGAGUGUGUACUAUAUAUAAUAUCAUACUAUAUUUUCUUUUUUCAAAUGUCGUAUUAGUAAUGCGCUUUAUACUGCCGCUAUUGUGUUCGAAAAGUACUAUGUGUAUAUGCAUAUAAUGGCGGGUACACGUGAACACAUGCGCGAGCAUCGAUAAUACGUGACAGAAACAAUGAUCAUCCGAAGAAGUAAAGUGGCUUGUUGUUGUGUUUAAUUUGAAUAACGCAAACAGAUGUUUUUGUCCAACGGGUUGAAAUUAGAUUAACUUGUUUACUCGUCAAAGUGUAUAAUAUAUUAUUUUCUUGAACUCCAUGGUACAUUACCUACUUAAUUUCUGAAGAUAAGACCAAAAUUUGGUAUUAUUAGGUGAUUCCAUAAAUCAUUUUAUGAUAGUUAAUUUUAACCCUGGAUACAUACACGUGUGUGUUUUGUAAUUUAUUUGACGCCCUGGAGUCUAGUAAGUCCUAAUUUCUUGUUAACAAGAAUGUAUAUCUAAAGAAUAAAGUCUUAGAAAUAUUGUCCCCGAUUGUUAUUGAUAUUUGUGAGUAUAUUGAAAUAUAACACAAAAAUAUGAUAACAAAAUAUAUGUCAGGUACAUGGAAUUUCUAUCGUCUUUAUUUUUUUUUCUAGUGUUUGAGUAAAGUUUUUGUACGGAACGUAUAUUUCAUGAAAUCAUAGUGUGCAUAGGGUAAACUUCCAGGGUGAAAUUGAAAAAAAAAUUAAUAUCUGCAAUUUUAUUCGAUCACGAAUCUAUCGAUACCUUUCUUGUGUAUAACUAUAUAGCAUAUUACAUUUGAAAUGAUAUUGCUUAUGAAAUUACCCGAUAUUUAUACGUAUUUUAACAAUAUAUGAUGUUACUACACGCUUCACAAUUGUAAUUGAAGAUGGAAUUUGUUGAAUUUCUCUUAGAGCGAUCAUUAGCAUUAUGUUUGACAUGAUAAUUUCUAGAAACAAAUAAAUGCUUUAUUUGUGAGACAGUAUGCGAAUUCCUGCAGCAAAUCGAAGUAUACAGGUACACAGAGAUACUGGUUAAUGUGUUUCGGUAGCGUUAGAAGUUGCAAUUGCGGGACAUUUAUUCUAUGCAUACGUAACACUUCAAAGACGAAGGGAGUAUAAAGGACGAGGCACUAAUUUCGGUUCACCGUAAUUAUAUCUACCUGUUAUUUUCAGAGAUGUGAGAAAACUAUUCGAAAAAGUUGUGCGAUAUCGAGGGGCUUAUUAUAAUACAUUAGUAGCAACUUACCUGUCACUGGAGCAUUUCUGGAAAUUUCAAAAUCACCCGGCUGUUUGUUUAAAUAACGUGCUACAAUUUCUUACCCUUAUUAGAAUAAUGGAUGCUCGCGCAAUUUCAACGAUCGCUGACGCAAGAUCGUUAAAAGUGAAACAUAUAUAGAAAUAUAUAAAACAACGGUUACUGUGUUAUAAGAGUCAACUGUUGAGUACCUUGUGUAACGUAAGAAUUAUUCCUUUAUAUCUUUAUUUAACGUCAAUUGACCUUGUAUUAAAAUCGUUCGAAUCAUUUAAAUUUCCGCCGUUCUCCCCCGAAGACAAGGAGACUUUAGUAAAGACUUUAGAUAGAAAUCUUCCAAAAACCUUUAUAAUCCCCUUGAUGACGUGCGACUUUUACGAAAAGUUUUUAUGUAACCCUAGAAAACAUGAAAAUAGUUAAGGCGAUUAAAACUAUUCACCUUCACCUUGUAUAAAUAUCUAUAAUCUAUAAUAAGAAAGUAAUGUUUCUCAAAAUAAUUAUAGUUUAAUUUAAAUGUUGUAUUCGUACAUGAAGAAAAUUUAGGAUUUCUGUUGUUUUUAAAAAAGCUUUAUAAUUUUAAUCUUGCCAGUUUAAAAGAUUAACUAUUGCUUGUUCAUGAAAAAUAAAAGCAACAAACUUGUCCGUUAAGCUGUAGGCGACCCGCAGUAAGAAAUGUAUGACAGUAAUAAAGAAUUGCGAUGUUAUUUACAUUAUCGUUGCGAUACAAAAUUUAAUAGAACUGUAGUUAUUAAUGUACAGGUGUAUAACAUGGACGAAAAUAUCAUUCAGAAAGUUUCUUUCGUAUAUUAUUCGUUUUUUUAAACGAAUUAUGGGAAACUUUCAUUCAUUUAUAUUAUUUCAAUAUUUUCGCUGAAACAUUUGUUCACAUUCGGUAUCACCCAUGCGAUAGAAACGUUACAUAGAAUAUUAUUAUUUUAUGUUAUAUAAUAUUUAUUUGUAUCUUUUCUUAUAUGUAAUUGUAUCGAAAUGUAAUUUGUCCCUGUCACGAUAUCGUUAACCAUUGAAAACAAUUUCUUUUUGUUUAUUCGUGCCCUGUAUUGUGAAAUAUAAGUUCAAUUUAAUUCCAUGUUCAUUUUUUUUGUCAUUUUUUUAUUCUCGUUAUUGAUUUCGGAUUUCAAAACUUGUAAAUAUCACAUAAUAUCGAAAAUUUCGAAACAUUUGUAAAACGUUGAUAAUAAUAAUGGCACUGUUAAGAAAUGAUGUAGUCGUGUUCGAGAGAAGUCCGAAGUGACGGUUUAUCCGUAAUCGAAAUUGCUACAUAUUAUUGUUAGUACACAGAUCACGUGUUUUCGAAUAACACAUGAUAAUAGAGUCGGACCUAGGAACUACAUGUUUAAUUCGUUAUUAUAUUUAUUUUAAUUCUACGACGUUCACAUUUACUUUUGCACUUUAUGCAAAACCUGAAUGAUUUUUACCGUUUCAACUUUAUGCCGUUCAACUGUAAGCGGCAUGAAUCAGUCGAAUAUUCUGUACAACGUACAUACCUAAGUAGGGGUACUGUAUAAGUACCUACGUUUUGUAUAUUGUAUUGUUGAGGAAUUGAUUAUUUAUUAUUAUACAACAUUGACAAUGGUAGUUAGAAAUAAUCGGUUCGUAACUCUUCAUAACUAAGUUAAAGUUGUUACUGAAAAGGUUUAUGGAAAUAUAUGGUAUUUAUGGAAAUCAUGUUAAUCAUCAUUUGAAAUAAUACGUUAGUUCGGAUUGAUCUGUUUCACCGUGGUGUGUAUAAGUCGACAAAGUCUGUACUUUACAGAGGUUCAAAGUUGAAACAGCUCCAAAUGUAACUGUUAAUAAAUGUUAUGUAAAGGUUUCGACUAAAGUGGUUAUGUAAAACGGAAAUAAUGUUACAACUGUUACAAGUAGAAACGGUUCUGACCUAUAUCGAUUAUGGUUUCGAUUAUGGUUUCAGAAUUUUUUAAAAUAUAUCAGUUCGCCUUUUAAUCUGUCUUGUGCAGAUUCUAUAGAAACCUAAGAAGCUCGAUAUUAUUAUUACAAAAUAUUAUAUUUGUAAACAUACUUUUUAUGAAGAAUUAGUCUGAAGAUAUGUAUACACUGAAAAGAAUUAUGUAUGUAUUACAAUCUGUUUUUCGAAUGAAGAUGACGUAUUCGUCGCGUAUAAUAACUGUUCACCCCACCAUAAUCAUUUCUGACUGAUAACAUUUGAUUAUUCGAAACGGGGUAAAUAGUUAUUGUGAUUGUCGACGUAUUUUCGAUUUCUUCUUUUCAGAAAUAUACCAUAGUAUUUAAAACUUGAAAAAUAUGCAUUAAUACAAAUAUAAUUUUUCAAGCAAUAAAAUAUUUUGCUUUUUUUUGUAUGUAAAAAUCUUGAUAUGUGUAUACCUGGCAAUGGUUUUAAGUAACGAUGAUUCACUAAUUCUCCUAGGCAACAACAAACAUGGAAAAUCGAAUGUAACGAUAUUUUCUUUAACCAGAUGAUACUUAGAAAAUCACACCCGUACUGAUCCACUCUAUUAUUUAAAAACUGUUAAUGUUCGUCAAUCUAAAUAAUUAUUAAAUGGUUACCGUGGAAGUUGAACUAGACACGUAGUAAAUUGUCAAUAGUAAAUUCUUAGAGUGAAAUUGCCCAAUUAAUUCAACUGGCUAUUAAUGAAGUUAAUAAAAAAAAGAAAAGUAUUUAUCAAUAUAAUAUUUUUAAUCAAAGUAUGUUGAAAAUAAAAACGAUAUUUAAAAUAAAUAUUGGAACCGUAAUCGAUGUCUUCGCCAAUUUCUAUUCUUUACAGCUAUAACAGAAAAUGACAGUUGAAAACCAGACACAACGUCAUAGUAAUAUAACUCGAAUCCCUCAUGUUCAACCUAUCGUAUCGUCCGAUUUUACAAAUCGAAUAAGUAUGAGUAUUUUUAUGUAAAUACAUAUAUACAUGCGUACGGAAGUAAUUGUAAUGUACUUGCAAUGAAUAUAGUUUAUAAAGUUUCAUGGCGGUGAUCCGAAUCUAAAUGAUCAAUGACGUCGCGAUGAUGAUGUAAAGGAAAUUACUACUAAAAAUGUAUGGCAAUACUAUAUGUAACUAAAAUAUCACGGACGCACUUUAGGUAUAUAUAUAUAUAUAUAUAUGUCGCAAUUUUUCAAUCGUUUACAUAAAUUUAGUACAGCUUCGAAGCUUGAUGUACAGGUAUCGCAUUAUCGAAAAAUUGAUAUUAUUAUUAUUAUUAUUGUUAUUACUUUCCUACUAACCCAAUGAAAAAUUCACGGGUUCUGGUUUUGUAUAAACACGUGUACGUGUAAUUAGAAAAUUGAGAAACUCGAUGGUGUUGUAGCGAUGUUCCGAUAAGCGUUAAACCGCUGCCUUAUCGCAGUGGUAAUUAUAAAAGGUAAAUUGCAAAUUAGCUGUACUCUCUCUGCAUGUAAUUAUCGAGCUGCGAAAAGAACGAAAUGAGUUCUGCGAUACUAGCGAAGCAGCAGUGUUGGGCACAAUUUUAUUCGGGUAAUAAACAAUAAUUAUUUUAUUCUUUGAGAGUGAUACAUAUCUGAUUGAACAUUGGAUAGAGUUACUUUAUCCGAAAAAAGUUUUGUUCGAUUCUGUCUUAUAAAGCUUCUUCGUUAUUAUAAGCCAUACAAGUUCUACAUAAUAACCUUUCCCAGAAUUUGUUUACGCGUGAGUCGCAUUUUCUCUAAAGGUAUCAUGUUCCUUCUAUGUUGCCUUAUAAUCAUUUCACUCUAUAUACUUUUGCUCAACAUACUACACACACGUGUGCACUAUCGGUCAAACAUAUCAGAUCAGAGUAUAGGGUAUUCAGUUUAUUAAUAAAGGAAGAAAAUGUUAUUUUCGAAACAUUCAACGGAUCAUUUUACAAAACUCCAUGGUAUCGUGUAAAAUAAUAUUAUUCUCAUUCAUUAAUCGUGAACUCUGAUCUGGUAGUUUUAAUCGGUAACGAACACGUGUAAGUACAUAAAUUUCUUUAUUAUAGAAAGCGUAAGAAUGAUAAAUAAGUUAAUUCUUGUGCUACAACGAUUUCUAGGUCAAUUGCGAUUUAAUUGUUUGAGAUUAGAGUUGCCAGCUUUUCAUACAUAUAUAUACAUAUAUUAUUAGGAAAAUGAGAAACUUGUAAAAGGCAGCAAAUUGUAACAGUAUUUCUGAAAUAUUUUUUCGAAAAUUCGGCCAAGCAGGUAACAUUUCAUAAAUGAUAUUCUUAUGAAAUAUCACUGUAUUAUAAGAGUGUCGAUAAAAAGGUAAAGAAAUGGCCGACUGAACUGAAAAUGGGAAGUUAUCCAGAGUCUCCCGCCAAACACUGAAAAGGUGGCAACCCUAUUUGUUACACACUGUUGUGUACACUCUAAAUAUUCCUAUACGUUCGCUGCGUAUAACAGAGGUGUCUAACUGACUCCCUUCACGCUAGUAACUCGGGACAGCGUUCCUCCACCACCACUACUCAAAGAGCUGCCCGAAAUUGCGUAUGCGAGCAGUUCUAUGCAAUGUUCAAUACAAUAAGUAAAAGUUGGUAGGGAGAGGGUAACUUUUUGUGAGGGGAGUGUCACUAGAGUGCCCGCGCGGGCACCGAUUUCUACACCCUUGAAAUAGCUGGUAACGACGAUCACUUUACAAAGUGUCUUGUUGAAGCUUGUUGAAGCUCAUAUUGCAAACGGCUAUACGCCUAUACUAACUAUACGAUUUUCGAGACGAUGUAAUUAAUCAUUUUUCAACGGCGCAUUCGAGACUUGAAUAUUUCAUGAAUAUACAAAUAACUGGCAUUUUUAUAACGGCACAAAAAUGUUUAUGCAUUCUUAUGUGUUCUUAUAUGUAAAAUAUCUUAGGUGCUAUGUACAUAUCAUUGCCGAUUUUUCAACUAAUUUCAUGCCAUGUCAAUUUAUGAUAACCGAUUGUCAGUUUUGUCUCUUUGCCAGCAUAAAAUAUUUUCCUUCGUAAUUUGUGUUUGUAUUUGAAAAAUUUAAUGAGGAAUAUUCAAAUAUCGAAUCGACAGUUUCAAAUUGAAUGCAUGCUUAAGCCUGCCCCCGCCUUUCUCAUCUCGAUGAAAUAGGGAGUUUAUAAUGUGUUUUGUUAAACUUGGCUAGACAGCCACGAAACACAGACAUUUAUAUUGUUCCGAUGUUACAAGUUCUUAUAGAGAAAUACAUAUAUAGCAAAUUGUUGUUUUACCAUAGUACAACCCCGUGUAUAUAAAUUUAAAUAU